GUUUUCGAGAUGGCAAAAGAGCGAGCCGAGAUUAUUUUACGCGAUCGAGCAAUCGCAUACCGCGAGUUCUCAUCGAUCCGACCGUUCGAUGAGAAUCUUUUAACGCGAACCAGCGCGACGUUGGCUGACGCACCGUUGAUGUCACGAGAACUAAAGAAAAAAGGCAGAAGUGCAGUAUCAGAUCGAGCCGAGAAAAUGAUCGUCCUCGCCGAUGACUCUCUACCUUUCGUCCUUGGAACGCACCGACCUUCUCGAUUUUUCCCAGGCAGCGGAACGAAAGGCAGAUGACUCCAGCUGUCGUCAGCGUUCCCUAUCCUCCAUAUCGAUAAAAGAGAAAUCUUAAACCCGGGGAAACGUUUCUCUCUCUCUAUACGUAUAUCUGUCUAUCCAUCUAUCUAUCUGCUUGUCCGUCUAUCUCUCUUGCUACCGGGAAUCUUUUAAUACUCGCACUAUUUACCGUUACUUACACUUGCCUUGAAACUACGACGCGCGGCGUUACCUUCGGAUAAACGUAGGAUAAACGUGAGAACACUAGCGGAGGCGUUACCUUCUCGUGAUCGAAUAAACUCGUCCGACGUCCAAGGGAACGAUCGCCGCUUUUUCGUAAACGUUAGUAAUCGUUCGGCAAGGAAGAACGAUUAACGCGAAUCGAAGCGAAUCGGAAACGACGGGGGUACGUUCGCUGUACGACUAGUAAAGAGCGCUGUACUCCUCGCGCGAGAACCUACGCGACGACGUAAUCGAUGGUGCAAUUUACGGUUCGGAACUUUCGCGGGAGAGGUGCACGAUCGACGCCGAGAUAAACGCUCCGAGCACGUGCCAUGAGUAAUCGCCGAGACAUUCCAAAGCGUAGCCGGACAUUGUUUGUGCUCUUGUAUUAAUAUCGAGUUACCGUGCGACGCGGCGCGGCCCGUUUAGCGGCCCAAUUCGUGUCUACCGCGAGCGAUCGCCGUUCUCCGUCGACCCACGGAUCUCGAAGUUUCUUUACGUUUAACACCUGUCACACGUUUCUUUCGAUCCUUGCAAGCUAAUUUCACUCGCGAGCAAAGAAGCGAGGCGGAUCGAGUCAUCGUUCCUCCUUCGAAUCUCUCCGAUGCGGCGUCAUCGCUCGAUUAGAGAUCCGCCAUGGCUCGCAUACGAUUUCGAUGAAAGUAGUCACCGAUCGUCCUUUCUACCGCUAUCCCAUAGUCGACGAUUCGACGCGCCGUCCGCCUGCCAACGAACAAACGUCCGGCGAAGACGAACGUCGGAGCAUCGACGUUUCUCGCAGGCCUCGAGCAUCCACGCCAAUUCGCCUGAACGGACCGAUUAAAAUUCGACCUUAAGGUACUUUGUCUCGACGACAGGAGUCCUCUACGAACGCGUCGGUUUCGACUUAUAUCUUACGAUGCCAUUUCUCGUCGAUCGUGCACGUCGGAACGAUCGAGGGAGCUCCGAGUUCCCUCGGAAAACGAUCGAAAAAGUUUGCGGAAUUUGCAUCGUCGAUUGACGAUAUUCGCGAGGAGAUCGAAGGGGACAGAGAUAUACCGAUUGGUCGUUAAACGAGCCGUCGCGUCGUUUCUACGCCCGAACCAACUAGUUUUCGUAGCAAAGUCGUCCGGCAGGACGAUUGCAAUUAAGACCGGUCGAACCUGCCCGUGUUGCGGACGCGCCAAACGUGGCCUCUUGCAUAACUAUCCGACGCGUUUUGCAGGAUGCGUCCUCCUCGUCUUCGCGUUCGCGUUCGCUCCUUUUUUUCCUUCCUCUCCUCUUUCUUCCCUUCUCUCGCGUGGCAAAAGUUCUCUCGGAUACGUUCUCUUUAGCUCCUUCAUCGUUCCUCCGCUUCCCUCUUGCUCUUUUUGCUAGAUUCGAGUACGAAUAAUUGCCGAGGAUCUUACGUGUUCAUCUUGUAAAAGUUGACCGGCGAUCUCUCAGAUUUAUGUGCGUGGACUUUCUACCACGUUCACCCGUAUGCGCGUGCGAGCGAGAGACUCGUAAAACGCGAAUUAAGGAGGAACGACGAGUGUACCCGUAAACGCUUACACGGCCUCUACUAUGAUUCAACGACAUGGGAAUCGCUUGCGCGUCUCGCACCUUCCUCGCUCCGUUCUAAUCCUUUACCUCGAUCUCGCUGCUUCUUCCCUUUUUUGUAAAAUUUGUCCAUCCUUCGGAGAGUCGUUCGAAACGAAAUAUCCUCGUGGAAUACGAUAAAGGCCGGGAGAAAGGGCAGAUCGGGCGGUGAGCUCGACGCCCGUCGAAGCGCGACGUCGUUGAUCCUAGCCCCGUUCCUUCGCUUCGGUCCUUCUCUCCGACCUUCUUAAAAAGGGACCGAGCAAUCGAUACUCGUCCGUGGAACACGCAUGCGAAGAUCGAAGCGUGGGUGGAGCCGACCUCGACACCAGCCAUCUUGCUUCUCGGAUCGUUUCUUCAAACGGAUUCUUCUUACCGUUUCUAAAAAUAUUGAUGGAGAUACUCUCUCUCUCUCUCUCUCUCUCUCUCUCUCUCUAUCUAUCUAUCUAUCUCUCCUCUACUCCGUUAACGUCUGCUAUGCCCAUCGCGUCCUCUGGUUCGCCUACUCAAUGACGAAAUUGCGAAUUUCGCAAGACAAUGUUACCAGGAAUAUAAUUGCACCGGUAGUACCUCGCUCCGGAGAUUUCUAUUUGCCUAGUCUUUCAGCUUAGGAAUUCAAGCGUUCAACGCGUUGGAGAAGACGAAACAAGUAUCGCUCUUACAGGCAAAUGGAAAGAGAGAAAGGGACGAUAAAGGAUGUCUCUCUUUGUCUCUUGUUCUUACUUGAAAACUUUUCGUAUGAUUUAUCACCGGCAUGCUCGUCCAACGCGCUUAUUUUCCUCUUUAUGGUUGAUCGAUAAUUUAUCGUCGUUCGAGAACGUCCGAAUCUCGGCAACGGCAACGAUCGCGUCGUCGUCGUCGUCGUCGUCGAGUAGUAAAGAUCUUCCGAGACGGCCUCUACUAGCGAGUACGACCGAGGAGGAGAGGAUUUCCUUCGAAAGAUUUACGGCUAGACUUUCGCCUUGAUGCACGGCCCCUUUCCGAUGGUUAUCGCCUUCGCGUCGUUUUCGAUAGCUCGACAAAAGUUUCUCUUCUUUCUCCAAAGCCUUCGAAGUUCGAUACGUCUCUUUCUCUUCUUUUUUUUCGUUCCGAUAUUCGAAUCCUUGAUCGACGGACGUAUCGCUUCGUUCCUCCUCAAAGUUCGCGUCCGUCCGCAGGAAAUGCGCGACGUCGUUUAUUUAAUUACGUCGAGUGCGAAAUGCGGCAUUAUGUCUAUAUAGAUAUGUACCGCACUUUCUCUUAUUACAGGAUCGGCAAUCGGGAUAUCGGGAAGCCAUUAGAUCUGUAAAAAUAUACGUGGAUACAGACGCAUAAACGCGCACACACAACUCUCUUUUCUAGCAUCGCCACCGGUUGACGCUCGCGUUGCAUAAUUUUACUUAAUUUUUCUUUCCUACUUAUUAACGACUUAUCGUUUAACGCGUACCGAAAGUCUCUGUCGUUGUUCGGCGUACAUUGAAAGAGAUACGAAAUACGUGGACGCAAAAAGCGUCGCGAGAGAAUUUAUUUCCGGGCUGAAGCGCGUAUCAGAAAUUACAUCACCCUCUCUCUCUCUCUCUGUCUUCCUCUCGCGCACGCAGGCCGAUCGAAGAGUCUUGUAAAAGAUAAGACGAUUCGAGUUCGAGCACGAUGCAUAUAAAUUCGAAUCGCGCCAGAGAACAGUAAUUCCUCGUACAUCUUGGAUCGUUCUGUGAAGCAAAGGGUCGAGGGGAAGAUGAUAAAAAUAAUGAAAAUGAAAAGCUCGGGGUUCGUUUCGUAGUUAUGUUCGUUACAUGUACCUAUAUUAUAUCCAUUGAUCUAAUUAAUCGUCUCGAAGAGCGGAGAUAAAUCGGAGGGCGAAAGAAAAAAAUUGAUUGGGUCUCGCUGCACCCAUCUCGUGAGAUUUUUCCCUUCUCCCGUGUCAUACAUACCCUUCCACUUGUUCGUCGCGGAGGUGGCGGAGAGUGCAAAGGAGAGUGCAAAGGAGAGUGCUCCAGGCCGGAGCUAAGUCGGUCUCACGGUAGUUAUUCGGGGUCAGGGGGCGAUAUAGGUACCAACCAACCUACCUACCUACCUACCCAACUACCUACCUACCCAUCAGGCCUACUGCGUGUCGCAAGCGUCUCUCCGUGUCCUCCUCCUCCACCUCCUCCGCCAUCUUCGUUCUCUUGCUGCCACCGACGCGGCGGCUCUCUUCUUUCACCUCCUUCGACAGUAUGCAUCGCACUCUAAUCCGUCCUAGCAACUUGGUUGCAUUCACCCACAGCGAUUUGCCUCUUUGCUCGCUCGCAGCUGGAAAGCCUGCACACACACACGUGUACGUAGAAUGCGUACAUACACACAGACCUAUAAAAGCUUUGGAAACGUGCGCGAACAUUAUCGGGCGCCACGACUCGUGCUGCUCCUUCUCUUUUCCUUCUUUCUCUUCAUUUCUCUCUCUCUCUCUCUCUCUCGCCCUCCCACUUUCUAUCUCUGCUUCUCUUUCGCUCUUGGCGCAGCAACACCAGGAUCGCUUUCUUAGAUCGUCCUUUCCGCCGUGGGAACAAUCGCUUUAACGGAACUUUGUCCGCUCGCGCCUUCCUUAAUUCCACUUAGAUACACGUGUAUAUCGUACUCGCCGAUAUCUAUUUAAGCCUACGAGAGAGGGGGAGAGAGAGAGAGAGAGAGGAAGGAGAGAGAGAAAUCGGCGAUUAUCGUACUCGGCGUCACGAUUCAUUCCGUACACCGUAGGAAAGAGCGACGCGCGUGCUACUAUAAUAUUUAUCUUUUAUUCAUCUAUAAGAAGCAUUUCCGCGAUCGUUAGAGAAACGAACACGAUGAAGACGUCACGUUAAUGCGAAUAGAAUAACGCGCGUUAUCGGACGUUCGACGAAUCGUUCGCCGAGUAUUAUUUCAGGACGAAGCUCGUUUUUGACGCCCUAGAAAUUUCGCCUCGAGCGAUAUCUCGUGCGCGAAAGAAAGUAUCGCGGGAAGAAAAAUGACGAAUGGUCAAGAGCGUUCUGCAUACGCUCGGAGAUGUUUUAACAGAAAAGGAUAUGUUCUUUUUCUCUUUUUUGUUUUCUUUUUUAUCUUUUUUUUUUUCUUUUCGAAGACGCCUCGAUACGUCGUGUGAAUCUCCCGAAAACAUGUCCACCGGCCAUUGACACAAACUGCGAUAACAUUAAUCUUGGACAAAAUUUAAUUAAAGUGAAAGCAGCCCGUUGCGCCGCGCAUGCCGCUCGUAUAUCAAUACGGCUUUUUAAAUCGGUGGGACGCGAAAUCGGCGACUUUCAAAAUAAUAUCCUUUUCAUUGGGAUAACGAACGGCGACGCCUUCUUCUUCUCCUCGUUUAUUCGAGAGAAUUUUUAUUCGAUGCUCGCUAUCUAUUCCACCAGCUCGGUAAUGUCUCGGAGGAAAGUUACGAAUGGCAGCGGCAUCGAAGCGACGAUACACGGACGCAUAAAUAACGAAGGAGAAUAACAGCGAGCGCGAGCUCGAAUCACCGAAAGGUGUUCCUUCGUAUCGGGAGGUACGUCCGAUAAUUCGCGUAAGAAAAUAAUUCAACGUCGAUAGGGAUAAUUGGAGAGACUCCGAAGCGGAGAACUCGUUAGCGGAUGGCCGAAAAGGAACGAGAAGGAAAAGGAUAGAUAGCGAGAAGAUUUCAGGAAUAUCUCUUACUUAGCGGUGAAAGGGUUAAUUAUGAUCGUUCGACCGGAGUCUCUGGAGCGUACGAAGCCCGUUCCGGAAACCGUUUCUCGCGUGUGGGCGAGAAGUCGAGGCCGAGUCGAGACCGAGUCGAGACCGAGUCGAGACCGAGUCGAGACCGAGUCGAGACCGUGUCGGGUCUCCAGGCCCAGACGAGAGCUUCGGUCGAAGACACGCGUCGUCGUCGAGCUCGUACUCGCACGCGAUUACGCGUCUUGCGGGUACGACGCACCGAGACCGGGUCCCACUUUCUCUCACGCAGGUAGGAGCGCGCGCCUCGCUUAGGUGUGCCUGCAUACGAGACGGGUCGAUCGCGAAUGCUAAGCGUUUUCUUCCAAAGAAAGUUCCAACGUUCUGCCGGCUUUGUUGAAAAGUGGAAAAGCUUCGCGCGCGCGCGAGAGAGAGAGAGAGAGAGAAACACGUAUAACUCGUUGGAAUUUAUCUCUCGCCUCUUCGAUGUUUAUACCGCCUCCUGGCAAGAAGAAAGGAGUAUCGGCCGGUCGAAGAAUCGCUCGUUAAAAGGCACGCUUUACGUCCUACGCCGCGAAAUCAAAGGCCACGCGCUCUCCCGACCGUGUGUCGUUAGACGCGACUAUUUUUAGAGGAAACGUCUCUUCGCCUUCGCUAACGUUCGAUUUUACGAGCGAUAUCAAACGAAACGUCGACUAUCAUAGUUAGUUUUACUUUCGAUAGUUAAUUUUCGAGUCGUCGAUCGUCGCGAUAGGCAACUGUACUUUCCAUCCGGCAGGUACAUCGGGCACCUUCCCAAUGAAUUAACUCGGACGUUCAGGAGAGGCGAAGGAAACCUCCGGCGAAAGGGUGCCGACGAUAGGGACGAAGCAGGGUAGGGUCGAAGGAUGGGAGAGGAGCCGGGUGUGCACGCGACGACGACGGUGGCGAUCGUACCGCGGCACGUGGAGAGGCGUGGUUCGUGGGAGGGACGCGUGGACCGCAGUAAUCCACUUGGCACACGCUGUUCGGCAAACCCUACUCUUUCUCUUGCCGCUCGACACCCUACCCUGUCCUCUCCUCUGCCUUUACCCUGCCUACGUCGGCCGAGAAAGAGCCGAGCCGUGCCGAGCCGAGCCGAACCGAGCGGGCUCGGAGGACAGCCACGUUCUUUCUUCUUGCACGUGCAACCUGUUCAGGUGCAGCCGACUAAACGCUCUCCUACGUAGGUGGGGAACGCAAGCACUUUACUUACUUACGUAUCGCCGUCGCGAUAUCGUUACCUCUCUCUCUCUCCUCUCCCUCUUCUACCUACGUUUCGACGGAUAGACGCGUAGUCCGAACCGAGCGAAAUGUCCUCAAAUCUCGAUGAGCGCACGGUAAACGACGACUCCUCGAACGGACUAGAGAAAAGUUCGAUCUCUAACGGAUUCGUUAACGAGACACAUAAUAAUGGGAUUCUAUAUGUUUAGAGGUGGGGAGCGCGAGAUAAAUACGCUCGGUCCCACCUCCCUCGUCGACGUUCUUUUAAUUUGCAAUAACCGUGACGCUAUCGUCCCUAAUCGUCUCGGCAAUUUAAACGUCCCCCCUUUUAAAUCGAUGUCCUCCACGAUGAGAUCUCUCGCGACUUAGCUCGAGAGCGUUUCAAAGUGUUUUACCAACGGGUAAAAAGUCACGGGGCGAGGGUAUCGUGAUCGCCUAUCUCGAUGUGCUAUGCUAGUUUCGGAAGGGAGAGGAAUUCGUCCGGCUGUCGUCGUAUCCGAUUACGUGGUUAUAACGCUUUACAUCAUUCUCAAUAACGUUUAACGCGUUUUCCGAACGCGCGAAUACUCGAGACGUGGUCGCUAAGACGUAUUUCCGUGCUGUAGUCGAAAACGAUCGAAGGAUCUAAAAACGUUGGAAAGUUAUGAGAAAAAUGGAAACACGAUAAGUAGAUAGAACCGUCGACCAUCCCUCGAGAUAAUAUCGCGCAAUAAUAAUCACGGUGGGGCCUUCGCCGGGUUGCGUCUAUAGAACGGGGUGGUAGUAUUUUAAAUGCCAACGAUUUCAUGUCUCCCUGGGGGUGCCGAUGCGACCCUAUAUAGGAAGAGGCGUCGGCGUCGAAGGCCUCAGUCGACAAAGAGAAGAACGUCCUCCUGAUAUCGCGCUCGUCCUUGGACGCGCGACAGGAAGAGAUUUUCGAAGGAGGCACGAAAAUUAGGAAGAAUCCGAGAGCAAGUGAAAGUGGUUCUCGAAAUUCGGUUGUACGGUUAGCCGCGGGGCCAGCAACAGGGCCGGCAUCCUUGGCCCGUUAGAGAUCGCUCUCCUCUUCGAAAUAUUUUAUUUCCUAAAAUUCCAACGUUCCGCUCGUAUCCUUCGCGAAUGUUGAAACGUUUUUUCUACUCGUUUCUGGUUUCUUCUGGGCAGAAAUGAUCGUCAUGGACGACGGUCACUCACCGUAUCGAAGAUAUUGGCAGUUGCAUUCGCCGAACGGCGACAGCGACAACAGCAACGGUAGCCAACGUGCGGUAGCCGUUACUCGAAACGAGAUAGAGCAGCAGCAACAGCAGCAGCAGCAGCAGCAGCAGCAGCAGCAGCAGCAGCAGCAGCAGUCGCAUCGGCAGCGACAGCAGCAACGACAGGCAACAGCUACCGUUCCGGUUCUCGGUUGCACAAAUCACUCCUCGAUCACUACGACCACGACGGCCUUCACAGUCGCCUCAAGUAUGCUUCUGCUCCAAACACAGAGUCCAUUUGGAUGCAGCAGUUUCGCGGAUUUGUUGAGCGCUCCCUACACGGAUUCCGCGGAUGCCGGAAGUCUGCCGGAGGAGCUGGAUCCAUUUCCGGAGUUGCAGCUGGGUAAUCCGCAGGGUGUGCCGACGAGCGAUGAGCCGGCUCAACCGCAGCAAAGCGUUCAUCAUCAAACGGCGCAACCUCCUCCUCCGCCACCACCCCUCCCCGAAGAAAUUCAAGCAGAUUCGCUGAGUCCCACGCCAUUGCCGAGCUUCCAAGAGACCUACACGGUGCAACGAUAUACCAGACAGGAACUCCAGGGUCUCGGCAUCAAGAUGGACGACGACUGUUACGACAAUUCGGUAUAUUCCUGCGGCACUGGUCACUAUUCCACCGAUUUCACACCGGCCGUCUCCUAUCACGAGCACCACAACCAACAGCAACCUCAUCAGCAGCCGCAACACCACCAUCACCAUCCCCAGCAUCAUCAGCAACAACAACAACAGCCUCAACCGCAACAACACCAUCAUCACCAUCAAGGCUAUUUUUCGACGGAAUCGGCACCGACGCCUACCGCGGCGAUGCCGUCGCCGUCGAGUCAUCGGCAAGAUUCACCUUACGGAGUAGCGGUGACCGUGCCUAUGGUGUACGGUCAAGCGCCUACCAUCACCGGUGGUUCCACGGUGUCGGUACCGGUUCCUCCAACGGACAUAUGUCCAAACAUCGAAAACAUCGUCGUCGGUCCUCCGCGUUCGCGAAGAGCGUCUUUGCCGACUCAAAGGUCGGAAUCAGCGAGUAGUGGCAGCAACGAGUCUCCCAAGGCACGCGGGGGUGGUAACGCGAGCAUCGCUAGCAUAGCCAGCACCGCGAGCACAGCGAGUACCGGGAGUUCGGUCAGUUCACCGUCGUCCGGAAGCGGCACUACCGGUGAACGUGCACCGCCAAGCCCGAGCCAGUUGUGCGCCGUUUGCGGGGACACGGCAGCGUGUCAGCACUACGGCGUGCGUACGUGCGAAGGCUGCAAAGGUUUCUUUAAGAGGACGGUCCAAAAGGGUUCCAAAUACGUUUGCCUCGCCGAGAAAGCUUGUCCGGUCGACAAGCGUCGCCGAAAUCGUUGCCAAUUCUGUCGCUUCCAAAAGUGUCUCAUGGUCGGCAUGGUGAAAGAAGUCGUUAGGACGGACUCUUUGAAGGGCCGUCGCGGAAGAUUGCCUUCGAAGCCGAAAUCACCGCAGGAAUCGCCGCCGAGUCCGCCGGUAUCCUUGAUCACGGCUUUGGUUCGAGCUCAUUUAGACACGACGCCGGAUAGAAUGAAUCUCGAUUACUCGCAGUACAGGCAAUCGAGACCCGGAGAUUUGUCCGUCACCGAGGCUGAAAAAAUUCAACAAUUCUACAGUCUGUUAACCACCUCGAUCGAUGUGAUCAGAAAUUUUGCCGACAAAAUACCUGGCUUUACGGACCUGGCACGAGAGGAUCAGGAAUUGUUGUUCCAAUCGGCCAGCCUGGAACUCUUCGUCCUCAGGUUGGCUUACCGUACGAAACCCGAGGAUACAAAGUUGACAUUCUGCAACGGAGUCGUCCUAGCUCUCGAACAGUGCCAACGUAGCUUCGGCGACUGGCUCCACAGCAUUCUCGAGUUCUGCAAGUCUCUUCACGGGUUGGACGUCGACAUUAGCGCGUUCGCCUGUCUUUGCGCUCUUACCCUGAUUACCGAGAGGUACGGCCUGAAGGAGCCGCAUCGCAUGGAGCAACUGCAAAUGAAGAUCAUCUCGUCGUUGCGCGACCACGUGACCUACGAUGCCGAGGCACAGAGGAAAACGCAUUACUUGUCGCGCCUUCUCGGUAAGCUGCCGGAAUUGAGGAGUCUCUCGGUUCAGGGUCUCCAAAGGAUCUUUUACCUGAAGCUGGAGGAUCUCGUGCCGGCGCCACCGCUGAUCGAAACGAUGUUCGUCGGUAGUCUACCCUUCUAAUCGUUUCCUCCUCCGUUACACCAUCACCACUACCACCACCACCGUCGACACAACCACCACUACCACCCACGCCACGAUCACACUCUAAACGAAGCCUAAGGCUAAUAUAUAAUCUCGUAAGACGAUCGUCGCGAGAUCCUACGUGCGGUUGCGUAAUUCCAUCUUUUCGAUCUUUAUUUUUAAUUAAUAGCCUGGCUUUCGUUCUCUCUUUUUGCGUGUUUACACGCGCCCGAGUGUUCGUAAGUGUCUUUGUCCUUUCGAACGAGUUCACCGAGGAGCAGCUGAACGGAUAUAUGGUCCCUUCUUUUCUCCUUCUCGAUGUUACGAAUGCAAUUCCCGAGAAUGAAUCUAAUAUAUUAUACAGUAGAAUAUUCGUACGUACGCGAUUAUACAAGUCCUAUGUACAAUUUUGCGUGUGCGUAACUAUGCGCGAAAUACGAGCGAGUGAGAGAGAGAGAGAGAGAGAGAGAGAGAGAGAGACUGGAGAGAAAGGAUAGGCGUGAAUCUACGCUGUCGGAGUUAUCUUCUAAGGGAAAGUACCCCAAUGUGCGUGCCUGAAGCUCCGCGUGCGUUACUAUUACCACUAUUGCUAUUACUAUUGCUACUACUACACAACUAUUAUUAUUAUUAUUAUUAUUAUUAUUAUUAUUAUUAUUAUUAUUAUUAUUAUUAUUAUUAUUAUUAUUAAUUACUACUACUACUACCAUUACCACCACCACUACUACUACUACUACUACCACUACUACUACUACUACCACUACUACUACUACCACUACUACUACUACUACCACUACUACUACUACUACUAUACUAUUACUAUUACUACUGCUACUACUACUACUUCUCUAUUACUGUUACUACUACUACUACUACUACUACUACUACUACUACUACUACUACUACUACUACUACUACUACCCUACUACUACUACUACUACUACUACUACUACUCUACUACUACUACUUCUACUAUUAUUAUUAUUAUUAUUAUUAUUAUUAUUAUUAUUAUUAUUAUUAUUAUUAUUGUUAUUAUAAUUACUAUCAUUUAUUACUAUUAUUAUCAUAACGUUACCUGCCCGUGCCGUCGAACGGUAGGAAACGAGCGUUCGACGAUCGGAGAAUCGGUGAACAAUUAAAAGCCUCUUGAGCGAGCGGACCACACGAUACCGGCGAAAUUUUUUUCGUAUACCGUUUGCUAUCAUUCUUAUCUUAGAUUUUAGAUCGAGUUUUAAAGAGAGAAAGCGAACGAGUUCGUUUCGCGCGAAGAACGAGAAAAGUUAUAUCUAUUUACAAAAAAAUAUGUAUAGAAUUUUUAUCACUUUUCUACCUACUUUAUACGAAUUGCGUCGCCGUGUUGUCCGCUGCUUCGCCGAUCGAUACACCGAUAUCGUUUAUACUUCGUCGAUUCUUCGCCGAUCUGUCGUGGCGCCAGACGAGCUAAUGAAAAUACGCCAAAAAAAAGAGAGUCAAGGAAGGAAGAGAAAAACGUUAUUUACAUUUUGGCCAAAGCUCACGCAUUAUUCGUCGAAGAAAACGCAUUGGCGACUUGCAACAUAUCAGAACAUCGACGGAGGAGCGAACGUGAGCGAUUAAAUUUAUCGGCUUGCGAACAAAAACUAACGAGAGAGAAAGAAAAAGAGAAAGUGCGAGAGAGAAAGAGACACGCACCUACACGCGCACACGGGUUCUCUCCUUCGUCCUUUUACGAUAGGCGUUUAGAACGCGGCUAUGGCUGCACUCGCAUGAAACAGCGAUGCCUCGUUGCAGACUUUUUUGAUCUCGAAAUAUAUAUUUUUUUCCUACGCGAAAAACGAAGUAAGCGCGUGGUAUCUGUCCAUACGAAUCAAGUGCCACGCGUGUGCGCGCGCGAACUCUCAACGGGGGGAGGGUGGGGGGACGAUAUCACCUACGAACGUUCUUCGUGCGGCGAAAGAUCUCACCUAAAACGAAAUUUAUUUAAUCGAUCGUGUACGUAUUUUAUCUCGUGCCUAUUACCAUGAGGGAAAAGGAGAAUGAGAGAGAGAGAGAAAGGGGGAGAGAGAGAGAGAGAGAGAGAGACAGACGAAGAGAACGUUCGAGAUAAUCGGUGCACACCGGCGCAACGAUGAUCGAGCAUCGUUUAUCGCAUGCGAGUGCCGAAACGCGCGGUCGACCGUCGUCGACCACCCCCAUUCUUUACCAUUACUCUUGCGUUUAUGUGAUUUUAGAGAGUUAAGGCGAAACCACGAAUCCGUCUUGGCAAGCAGCGGAAAAGUAGAAAGAAAGAUGGAACUCGAGGGAGUGCGCCUCGCGAGGCGGAUUCGGCAUAAAGUUACCUAUUACGUUAUGACGUUUAAUUUUAAUCAAACUAACGUAAAAAGUCCUAUUUAUAUAUACGUAUACCGCGCUACAGCUGCUGCUAUUACUACUAUUAUUACUAUUAGAAUUUAGUACUACUACUUACUACGACUACUACUACCACCAGCACCACCAUCACUACCACCACCACUACCACUACAACCCCCAACACCAUUUACCACUUAUUGCUACUACUAUUACUACUACUACUACUAUUACUAUCAGAUCUAUUACUAUUAUUACUAUCCAUUACUACUUAUUACUAGUGCUACUAGUUUAUGGCGUUAUUAUUACUAUCACGACCAUUGUUACCAUCGAUACCUAUGUCGUCAAUUUGUGUUAUCGUUACCACUAUUCCUUAAAACCGUUAGCUCAUCGCUAGACGACGCUCUUCGGAUGGCUCUUCGACGAGAACGACGACGACGACGACGAUGAAGAUGACAUUGACGAUCUUACAAGAAAUAGCGGCCUCGCAUAGGACGACGGGAAGUUCGUAAGAAGGAGGAGCAGAAAGUUUUCUGCGAUAAAAAUAUGAAAAGAUUCGUUGAUUCUUCGAAUCUCUUUUUUUUGUCAAACGUACGUGCAACGUCGUCGUUUUCUCUCUCUUCGAUGUAUGGUAUUCCAUCGCGAAGAAAACAAAGUAAUCGGCUUGCAAACGAUCGCAAAUAAAAUGAAGGCACAAAAAGAAGAAAAAGAGCCACGCGUGAGCGGAACCAAAAGCGAACGUAUUAAAUAUGUGUACUACUUGCACAACAGUAGAUAUAUUAACUACGUGUGUAUACGUCGUUACAAAGCCGUGUGUAUUCGCAAAAUAUUUGACGCUUUUUCUCCUCCGAGCGUUCGUGGGGAACGCUUCGAGGAUUCGAGACACAUCGAUUUCGUAUCCUCGACGUAUCCUCGGACGAAUAUUUUUAUCUUUUUCUGUCUAUUUUUCCCUCCGAUUAUUAUCCGCACCCUCUUCUCUCUCUCUCUCUCUCUCUCUCUCUCUCUCUCUCUUCAUCCCUUUCUCCCUUCUCUCUGUACGAUCGUUCCUCGAAAACAAAGUAUAUACACAUAUAUAUAUAUAUAUAUAUCUUUUUUACAUUUGGUUUAGUGUCGUCUUUAAUCGAUGAAAAAAAAAACAAAAAGAAAUACCAACUAUCGUCCGCGUAAAAUUCUCGAUGUGUAAAACACGGCACUCGUACGAAAGGGUUUCGAGAUCGUUCGGAUUCGCAAUAUAAAUAUAUGCAAUAUACGCGAGCGGACGCGUGCGUGAGAGUAAUUUAAGUUUUGAGAAUGAUUACGAGCAGAAAAUGUUCGAAAUGUUAUAAUAAAAAAGGCCCGGUAAGAAUGCAAGGUAGAAAAAAAAAGAGUUCGAAGAGAACACCAAGAAGCUACGAUAUCGACGCGUUCUCUUCGAGCGAUAAUUAAAGUUAACGCGGUGGGACGGAUCGUUCGAUCAAAGCUAUCUCCUAGCAAAAGAAUCGUGCGUUUCACUCGAAACGCGCGUCGAGUCCACAGAGAAUUUCCCGACGGAGCAAAUUUCGUUUGGUUCGAUGAUCCCGAAGUUAACUGGUCUCUUUAAGAAAGAUAAGAGAUAGAUAAAUUCGAACGCUCAAAUCCCUAAGCGAGAAACUCUCUCUGGACGUCGACGACGGUGAUCGCGACGUAAUUAUUUUUUACAAAAGUGCCGUGAUAUGUGAUUCGGUCGUCGAAGAUAUUCGUGGGUCAAGGAAAGGAAAUCGCGUCGAAGGCGAAACGGAAGAGACGCGUAUGGAAAAGAUAAAACGUGGUAGACGAGGAAAGGCAAGGUCGGAUCGUUCGAAUGUCGAAAUAUUCAAACGAAUAACGAGAUCGUCUUUUCUUUUUUUUAGAACAAAAAUUAUGGCUGUUACUUACUAUACGUCUAUUGGUGUAAUGCAAAAAAAAAAACAAAAAAAAAAAGAAACAAACAAGCAAAAAAAAAACAAAAAAAGAAAGAAGCAACUUAACGAUCAGAUCCGUUUCGUGUACAAUCCCCUUUUCCCCCGUUUUAUCAGUGUAUGCAAUAAAUGUUCGAUCAACAAAUAA